AUGGUCGACCCUGAUCUUCUCGGAGCCAGACAGGUACGUAAAGCCAGCGGGGAUGAGAUCAUCUCGCAAGGGAAGGAGUUUGGACGUCAAUCAAGACGUGGAUCGACGACGAAGCAGCUGUUAAGUGCCUUUACGGACGAAGAGUUGGACAUCGUUGGAACACGGUAUGACUUGAUGGAUCAGGAUGAGAUCCAGCAGCUCCUUGAGCCAUUUUCAUCGGCCGAUAUAUCAUCCAGCUUCUCCCGUAUGGCCUUACAGGAAAAUGACCUUGGUUUCAUGGAAACGCCAAGAGCUCGUCGGCCAUCUACGACCAAAUCCCUCGACCCCGCCAUGCUCGAUCGAUCGGACACAUCCGGAGAGCCAAAUGCCAACGGUCGUCCAAACAGCUCGACUCCACCUCUGUUCCCUCCAUCCCCUCCUCCUCUGGCCAGAGCGCGCCGCAAUCACCCUCUUCAGGUCCUCUCGCGUGCUAUCCGCGAGCUGGAGGAUACUGUCGCAAGCCUCAUCUUGGAGAAUGAAGUAUUGCAAGCGCAAUUGGCUGCCGUGAAACCGUGCUCCAUCAGAACUGACGGCCAGCAGAAUGCUCUGCAUGAUGAUAUCUCCGAAGCCCUUGGCACCUCGCUCACCUCACCCUCGCCACUCAAACCAAGUUCCAGUAGACCACUACCGGAAAUCACACACACCCAAUCAGUACCUCCACCUUCCCGAUCAAGAUUUCCAGCGCUAUCUCCAGACCAGUCAUCCAAAUCUGUGCCUCUCACGGAACCCGCCAAAUCUGCUAAAGCGACUUGGACGUCCAGUUUAUGGGGAUGGAAUGGGACAAAGCGACAGACAGGCUCAGCAGAACGAAAGGCUCGCCGAGGGAGCGUAUCGUCUCUCGCAUCGCAACCUGUUGGCACUUCUAAAACUUUGACCAACGAGCCUCGUAUUGGUCUGGAGGAAGCGAUGGAGGAUGGAGACGAGGAAGCCUGGCGAAAAGGUGAUGGUGGGAGCACACCCUCCCUGAGGGCCAUAGUCAAUGCUACGCGCAUACUGACACCAGAUCCAUCCUCUGUCUUGGACUCCUCUGCCAUCCCUCCGAAUUCCCUCGUUGCGUAUCUGGCUCAUUCCCUGGUGUCCAAUGCUCGAGAUGAGGGACUCGUCAGCAAGGUAUCAACAGAACGAAGGACAUCCAAAUCCCGCGCUAGAGCGACAUCCAUAGCGUCUCAGGAGAGUCAGCGAUCGAUCCCAGUCGAGAUCGAACCUCCGGUUUCUGCCGAAUCUACCAAAAGCUAUGGCGAUCAAGCACGUGCCGUCGGCCGAAGUCUCCUCAGCUCCGUGUCCCACGCUACGAUCAGGGGCACAAAGGCCAUGUCAGCGAAAACAGAAGAUGUAGCUCGUCCCGCCACACUGGCGCGCACGAUGUCUCGUCCGUUUCUCGGCAACGUCUCUUCUCCGCCUCUCGUUAAUGACAUGCGACCUUCUCCUUCCUCGACUUCGCCGCAAGACGAAACACCUCCACCGUCCGUUGAACUCGCUUCCAUCAUCCCUGAUGAGGCUAGGCCUCCAACGGUCCUACUGAGCAGGCAGAAUCUCGGCUCCUUUUUCAGAGCUUCAGAAGUUGGUAAAGUCAAGCUGUCUACUGCCAGCCGAUUUCAGAGCUCAGAGCCUCCUUUGACGGAUCGAUACGGGUUCAUCUACGACAUCCAACACGCCAAGCUUCUCAAAGAUGCCAGUGUGGCAGGUGCGGCCGCUGCUGCCUCUCUCAACGGCACAAUCCCGUCCUCUCAACCUGAAGGUUGGGUCGAGAAACGACGAGCCCAUCGACAGAAGCAGGUGGGGUCUGCUCCGACGCCCGAUCGCCCCUCGUCUCGGAGCUCCAUCAAGUCACCGAUCCCAACCCAUACACCCGAUGCAUCUACACCUCGAUCAAAAACGCCCGACAGUCUCUAUGAUCUCCCUCCGUCUAUCAUCAAGCACGAUUCGGCAUCAAGACAUCGAUCCCUGUCAACGGUCGCCGCGUUGAACCCAUCUCCUGCGAAACCGAGCCUGGCAAAAGACCAUUUGACAGUUUCUGUCCGGGGCUCAACCUCUCUCGGCACCACCUCCGACGCCUUGACAACUCACUCGGAACUGCCGCCAUCGCCUCAGACCAAGUCUAUGACACCUGCCAACUCUGACGCUUCGUCUGCCGCCGCAUCACGAGCGACCGUCUCGUCCCUCCUGGAUCAGCUCACAGACAUUCACGAUCGUCAACAAAAGGAACGAAUGGUCGAAUGGGCAGCUUUCCUCAAGCACCGCGCCAAGACCAAAAUCAGUCAAGUGGAAGGUCGAAAAGGCUCUGAAGAGAUGAUCUGGGGUUCAGGGUUGGUAGGGUUCAAUGAGCUCAACUCAAAUCAUAAGCACGAUCAAGAGGACCGCAAGACGUUCUUUAAGCUGGUCAGGAGGGGUAUACCCCUGAUCUAUCGGAACGAUAUAUGGGCGGAAUGCUCUGGCGCGCGUGACAUGAUGAUACCUGGGGAAUACACCGAGGUCCUGAAGAAACAUAGGGAUGAGAAGAGCCCAGUGCAGGCGGAGAUCGAAAAGGACAUUACGAGGACGUUUCCGGGCAAUUUGUUUUUUGGCGGUGAUGGUCAUGGCGUUCCAAAGCUACGAAACGUUCUCCUCGCGUACUCAUGGCACAAUCCCUCGGUCGGCUACUGUCAAGGCAUGAACAUGCUCGCCGCGACGUUGCUCCUGACUCAUCCCGAUGAGGAGCAAGCUUACUGGACGCUCGUUGCGAUCGUCGAACGUCUGCUGCCAGCUGCUUUCUUCUCACCUGACCUGCAUGGGUCGCGGGUGGAUCAGAUGGUCCUGGAUGACCUCGUCGCACAGUAUGCUCCGAAAGUUCAUGCCAAAUUGGUCGAGCUGGGCAUAGACCUCGCGAGUAUCACCUUUGGAUGGUUCUUGUCGUUGUUCACCGAUUGCUUGCCCGUCGAGACACUCUUCAGGGUCUGGGACGUGUUCUUUGUCGAAGGACACGACGCUCUCUUCCGCAUCGCGCUGGCCAUACUCAAACUGAAUGAACCUGAUCUUCUCGCCGCCGACUCCGUUUCUGACCUAUUCGCCAUCAUCAACGGUACGACGUCGCGACUUUGGACAGCGGACAAAUUGAUCGCUCUGCAGCAUGGUUACAAGGCCAUUAUCAGGCAUGAAGAUAUCCAGGCGAGGUUUGACGCGCACGCCUCGGCGACAUGA